AUGGAUAGUAUUGAAAAAGUUAUCAAUCUUUUACACGAAAGGAGAACUAUUCGUGAAGAACAAUUCGCAAUUGAAGAAAAGAAGCAAAUUACUGAAUACAGUAAUUUGAUAAAUACAUUACAAACUAUAAAAGAUGAACGGAAUAAUUAUAAAGAAAGUAUUAUUAAAAAUCUUCAAAGUUUAACAAUGCAUAAACAUUCAAUAUAUAAAUUAAUUUGUAAUGCAGAGAAUAUAUCAGGAUUACCAGUUUCUCAUGAUUAUCAUCGGCAAGCAAUAAUGUUUUUAUCUGAAGGAAUUAAUUUUAUAAAUAAAUUACAAGAUAUAUUUAAAAAUUUUGACAAUAUUGAUAAAAAUAAUAUUAAUUCUAUGAAUAUGCUUCAUGAUAUUACAUUUUGUACAAAAAGCAUAGGAAAUGAACUUUGUAAAGUAAAGUCCUUAAUUUCAGAUAUAAAAACAUUGCAAAAAAAUACAGAAAUAUUGCAAGAAUAUUGUUUAAUUAAUGAUGAUGAAGAUAUUAAAAUCUAAACAAACAUUGUCCUAUUUUAAAUAAGAAAAUUAUAUUUUAUUAUUAUUUAUUGAUAAGGUAAUCAUUUUUAUCUAAUUUUAUUUUUAAAUAUUAAUGCUAGAUUUAAGAAAUAUUUUCAGCAAUCAUUAAAAUCUUUUGUGAAUUAUUUUCAAAAUAUCUUUUAAAUGUUUAUUUAGAAGUUUAUAUAUUUAUCAGUAGCAUUAAACUCAUCAUUAAGAUUUAAUUUUAACAUAAUUAAGUUUGGAUCUACAAUAUUCUGCAACAAAAAAAUAUUUUAAAUGAAUAAUAUUAUACAUGUAAAAAUAUUUUUGUAAAUAAA